AUGCGAACAUACUCUCGACUACGUGCUUUUACGACGCGCAGCGAUGAGCCGCCUACCAAACGCAGACGUCUCGACAGCACGAGAACGGACGCGACGCCUGAGCGAGACGCUGCGGAGACCGAAGACGCGUAUUUGGCUGCUAUAGAUUCGACCAGCAUCGUCUCCUCGAGUCCACUCAGGAAACAGCCAGCUCUGUUCUCGGACGACGCAGCAUGCACCUCAACCCCACCAUCGUCUCCUCCACAGCUCCGAUUGUCUCCUCUCCCACCAAAGCGCAAGUCCGUCUUCGCGCUCUCGAAACGAAGCACGUUAAAAUCCAAGCCAAAUGCGAGACCACUUAGCGAGCGAAGCGACAAUGUUCUAAAGACACCGCCUGGGAAGGAGCUUAAGAAGAGACGGCGCCUUACCCAGAUGCAGAUUGACCUUGGCGGAGACAUCCGGAAAGCAUGCAAGACCUGCGGCAUGGAAUAUAUACCUUCGAACAACGAGGACGCGGCACUACACAGGAAGUUCCACGCCAUGAACGUAGGAGGCGUCGACAUUGGCAAAGCAUUCGAUGAUCCCUUGACCACCGAGAAGGUCUGGGCGGGCGACAGCGGCAGCUUUGUCGUGGUUGUGGAUAGGAAACACACGCUGGCAAAACGCAACAAGGCAAAAAAGGUCCUGGAGCUGGUCAAUACCGAGCUUUCGGCAGUAGGGGUCGAAGACGAGAAGCUCUGGAGUCGCGUCUCUGUGCCGUGUCCGCAGCCCUCCAGCGGCGAAGGUGGCAGCACAUCUGGAUCUUCAACCUCGCGACAGGACAACACAUCCAAGGCUGCACGCUUCAAGGUAUUCCUGUACAUACAAGGCCGGAAAUGCGUCGGCCUGUGUCUUGCGGAGCGGAUCUCCGAGGCUCACCGGGUCGAGGAACCGAAUGAGCCAAACGCGUCCGCAGCGGUGAUUGGGGCUACAGCUCAGAGUUCUUCCAUCUCCGCGAGCACUGGGAUCGAUCCAGCUAUGGUGGGUAUCUCCCGGAUAUGGACCUCAAACUCGCACCGGCAGAAGGGGAUUGCGGCGAGGCUGUUGGAUUGCGCUGCCGGCAGCUUCCUCUACGGUGCUAAGAUCCCGAAGGACGAAGUGGCUUUCAGUCAACCCACGGAGAGCGGUGCGAAGCUCGCGAGGAGAUGGUUCGGGAAGGAGUUCGGAUGGCAUGUCUAUGUCGAUUGA